UUUGUGGUGUUUGUUUUCAAAUGUCAAAUCAAAUUUGUUUUUAAUUGUUUUGCAUCUAUUUAAAUAGUAAAAAACUAAGAACACUCGAAAACAAUCAAAGAAUUAUAAAUUUGAUAACAAUUUAUUGCAUUAGGUGUUGAAUUGUGUGGAAAGUUAUUAGUGACUGCGCUUUUUCAUCUUUUAAUAGUCUACAAAGCCUAUAAACAAAUAAGAAAUGUCAGUGAUGCCUCAUGGAUCGGGGAAUCCUUACAAAAUUGUCGAUCAUGCGAGAGAACGUAGAAAAGGAAUCACAGCAUCCUCCCUUGAGGAAUUAACCAAUACUGCACGAAGUCGACUUGCUCUUCCAGAUGAUGGGCAACUCACUAUUGUUUUGGAACAGGACGGUACGGAAAUUGAUGAUGAGGAAUACUUUGCGACAUUGGAAAAAAAUACAAGUUUAAUGGUACUACAUGGAGAUCAAAAGUGGAUGGCAAUUGGAGGGAAUCCUACCUCACGUUAUAUUGUCGUGGAUGAUGUAGAUCAUGCUGAAGGUUCAAGAGGUGAUUCGAGAAGACGUCGAUCGCCUUUGGAACCUUUGGUCUCAUCACUUCAUGGUGAUCCAACACACAUCUCACUUCUUGGUGGACAUGAUUUAGAAAUGCUCAGCGAUAUGGAUCCCGACAGUUUGGCUGAUAUUAUUCCUGACAAAUUAUUCCUGGAGCAAUUGAAAGAGGCGUCAGGAAGAUUUUUGGUCGAGAAACGACAAGCUCAGGAGUCGAUGGCUCUUCUUCAAAUGUAUGCAACUGGAGGUGAGAUGGAGAGAGCGUAGGCCAUGUGGGGGGUCGGCGCCCUCACUAUAGCCAACAUGUAUCGCGUGCGACGUCGAAUAUUUUACAAAGGUCGUCAAUUGCAGCAAACAUUUAUUCUCUUUUGGAAUUGAGCCGACUCACAGGAAAAAAAAAACAAACAAAACAGAAAAGAAAAAAAAUGUUUUAGACGAAGAAAAACACUCUAUAUGUAUUUUCUCGUCAAACGAACUUGAUAAAAUCAUAAUCGAACAACUUUCUGAUUCAAUAUUUGAUUCAUAUUAAAAAAAAAAAAAAAAUCAUUCAUUGUUCGGAAAAUACUUUUUACAAAAAGGUCAUUGUUGAAUCAUGAAAAUUGAGAAAAGACCUACUUGUUAUUUGUCAAAGUACACAGAACUUGACUCUAAAGUACUUGCCUUUAUUUACUUAAAUGUCAAAAGUCCUAAUUUUAAUAAAUGAAGACCUAUGGCUAAAAGUACAUAUGUAAACUCUAUCUCUCUAUUAAAAACAGAAAAAAAGGAUAUAAAAAUUAAGAAUAAAACUAGAAUUACAUGUUUAGAAAAAAAGGUAUUUAAGUUAUAUGAUUGCAAAUAGUGUGCAAUUGAAUAAUAACUGGAACGCAUGUAUAUUUCUCAAAAAUUAGUUUGAUGUUUUAAUUAAAAAUUUAUAUUAUCGAAUUAAUUACACAACUUGUGGGUAAUGUUUGACUAAUAUAAAUUUCACUAAAAUAACAUUGAUAUCAAACGAAUUUUUUUUUUUUUUGAAAUAAUAAGAGAAAAUAUUCAUGCGUCUCUAAUUACUGUGUAUAUUUAUAGUAUGCAGUUCAACAUACGGAAUUGCUUCAAAAUUCAGUACAGAAUAAUAAUAAUUAAACUACGAUGUAUUAUAUUAUGUGAAAAAGAAAUAAUCAUUAUUAUAGAAGAAGGCAUUCCGUUGCAAUAUUGUAUCAUAUCAGUGUGAGCACAAAAUUUCUUUAAUUCUAUAUAAAAAAAAAACUAAAAAUUUCAUUUUUAAUGAAUUCACUUCGUUAUAUAAUAUAGGUAAUUUAGAAUGUACGUUUUUAUUUAUUAUUUCAACGAAGUUUUCAAGAAAUAAUUAAAGACUGAAUUUAUAUAGGAAAAUUUGCAUCCCAUUUUUAGAUCACCAAUUCACUGUGCACAUUAGUAAUAUUUACGAAAGAAAAAAAAACAAAUAAAGAAAACCACGAACAAUAUCAGACCUUUGAUACCUAACAGUUAUGCGUUUGAUAAAAAAAAAAUCUUCUAGAAAAAAAAAAUGGAACAAAAGAAAAGGCUUUUAGAGAAUAAUCAUUCAAGUUUCCCUAAAAAUUCAGAAUAUUUCUUUUUCUUUGUAAGAUAGACUUGUUUAAAAAUUAUAAAUUUUGUUAAUUUAAUGAAAAUAUUUAAAUAAAAUUGAAAAGUUUAUUGCUCAAGUUAAAAAUAUUUCUAAUAAAUGAAAUUCUGCUUUUUAGAUAUAUUUAUUUGUUAAUCAAUUGUAUAUUCUUUUUUUUAUUAUUUAAUAAAAUAUUUAUUUGACUUUUUAUUAUU